ACCCUACAAAUUUUAGUUCAUACCUAAUUCAGGAAGUUGGUGAAAACGUUUUUUUUUAUGAUGUUUAAAUUCAGUUGAUCUCUUUUAAAGAAGAAGAAGAAGAAUAUUUUAUUAGACUCUAAACUUUACAGUUUCUGGUCAAUAACAAAAAAUUAAUGUUAUAAAAUGCAGUUGUGAAGUGCGAUGUAAUUCUAAAAGAAUUGAUGGACGUGAACAAGGACUCUUUGGACAUAUAGUUUCUGAAAUAUAAAUUGAAUGUUGACAGGUAACACAUUUUAAACUUUACGUAUAAACACCGGGCUUUCGAAAUAGACAGAUCGAGUGAUGAUCAUUUUAAGACUUUACGAAUAUCAUCCGAUACAUCGAAUUAACUGCGAGGCUGUGAAACAGGUACAUGUAUAUGUGACGUCACGCAAUGGUUUCGGCGAUGAACGAAAAGUGUGAGAAGAAAAAACAAUGUGUUCUUUCAUAAAGACUUUGAAAACCAAAGGAAUCUGGAUAGCAAUAAUUUGCACGUUGUUCUUAUCACCAUUCUAUGUCGCUCACCAAAUACAUUUUCCCAGCAUUUCAAAGACAUUUGAAAAAUUAGCAAAUUUAAAUAUUUCAUCUAUGAAAGGAAAAGAUUCACUUUUAUCAACAAACGCCACCGGCCAAUUUCACAAUUAUUCUUUUUUUAAAUCCUUUAAUGCCAGUAUGAAUAAUGUAUACAAUAGUACUGAAAAAAUACUUAAAAGAGCAAUAAAAAUUGGCAUUUUAGUCCCGUCGUCAACCCGUAAGAUUAAAAAUCCGCUGGUAGAAAAUCUGAGUUUAACAACUAUUUGCUUGCCUUCCCUAUAUAAAACUAUGGAAGAGGAAUAUACCUAUAUUAUGUAUGUUGGAAUAGAAAAAGGUGAUUAUUUAGAAACUGUUAAAUAUCAAUUGGAAACAAUGUUUGAUAAAGUUAAAACUGUUGUGACCCGUGGUAGAACAUUUACAAAAACAGUUAAUGCAAUGGCACGAGAAGCUUAUGAAGAUGGCAUGGAUUACUUUGUUCGCAUAAACGAUGACAGUUCCAUGGAAACUCAGAAAUGGACAUCGGAAGGGAUAUCAAUUCUGCAAAACUACAAUCCCCCAAAUAUAGGUGUUGUUGGACCAACAUGUCAUGAAGGAAACACUGGAAUAUUAACACAUGAUAUGGUUCAUCGUUCUCAUUUAGAAAUUUUCGAUUUUUAUUACCCUCCAUAUUUUGACAAUUGGUGGACUGAUGAUUGGAUAACAAAAGUUUAUUCCCCUGAGCGAUCAACCAAACUGUCUUCCUGGGUUGUGAAACAUCAUCUAAUGUCGCAUGGCACAAGCUUCUUCCAUCAGACGUCAUUUUCCUGUUGAUGUCACAACCCGGAAGUCUUAUACCCGUGGUUCACUUUACUUUACUCGCCUGGAUGUGAAUUCCCAGAUUAGAGAUUCUACGUCACAUGGUUGUGCCUUAACCGCCAAGCCGCUGACCUUUGUAAUCGACUGAGACAGCUCAGGGAUACAAACACCAGACAUGGGGAGCCAGAAUGGGGUCAACGUCCUUCGCGAUUUAAUGGGACAGUUACUUACAUAAUUUUAGUGCUACUCUAAGUCAAAGUAAAAGUGAAACAUCUGUUUAACCGUCACGAUGACAAUCAGCUGUAAUUCUGAGAACUGAACAUCUUGUAAAAAACAUCAAAUAUUGAGCUCAGUGUUUUUUUAGUUUUUUUUUUUCUCUUUAGGUUUUGUUCAUUUUCAUUCACUGUAAAUAAUCAUUUUUGUAAAUAAACUUGUAAAUUUUGUAAUGAGUGUUAAAUUGUUCCUUUAGUUUCUGUCCCCGGUUCGACCGUACUGUCACAGUAGGAUGGAAAAAUGUUCUUUAACUCGGGCAUAU